GUACGGCCGCGCGAUCCGCAUGACGUGGACGAACGAUCAGAUCGAUGGCAUCGCUGGCCUACACCAGAGGACAGAGUUCAGUUUCUUUCGCGCUAUCCUUGACAACCGAUCACCGCCUGACGCAGAGUACUGGUUAGAUUCCCGAGUGUUGGAAGCUGUUGAGGUGGCUACUCAUCUUGAGAAUACAGCAAGGGAGACGCAAGCUCUGGAGGUGGAGUUUGGAUCAGAGAUUUCCAGGCUUGUGAUCAUGACCACCGACGCGCACGACUUGCCCAAGUCUGAGAUCUUUUCUCUCUUUGCGAACGACGAGAGCCACCGCAUUAUUCUGUCCGUCAACUCGACGGGGAAGACCAAGAUGGUUAUUGAACGAGAGGCUGACGAACUCAACAAGGAUGACCUGAUUAAGCAUCGAGUGGAGGUGGAAAAGGCUAUGUCGAAGGAGCUAGGCAACUGGAUCGAGUUGGGCGCGCUCAAGCAACGAAGCAGGCAAGGAUGCACCAACUUGAUGGACUCUCGAUGGGUUAUCCGCUGGAAGAAGCAGCCAGACGGCAAGUUGGCAGUCAAAGCGCGACUAUGCAUCAAGGGCUUCAAAGAUAUGCAGCAGGAUCGUCUGGACACUUUCAGUGCGACUGCCUCCAGGCAAAGCCAGAGGAUAGUGAACUUCAUCGCGGCAAGUCGCCCCAAGUGGAUGUUGUGGUCCUGUGAUGUUGGCAGCGCAUUUCUGAAGGGACUCACAUUUCAAGAUGUGGCAGAUAUGACAGGGGAACCUCUCAGAACCGUUCAGUUGGACCUGCCCAAGGACACGGUAAAGAUCGCAAG